GUAUUUAGAUAAUGUUGUCACAGGGAAACAAGGCUCGCAGAAAAUGCAGGAAGACUUGCAUACACUUCUAAAAACAGAAAUGACAAGAACGGUGAGCCACAAAUUUGACCAAGUCAUGGGGCAUGAAGAUGUGAAAUCUAUCUUAGAAAACAGCAUCGACCAGCUAAGUAGACGACAUUUAUCAGCUCCAUUACUGCUGUGUGGUCACCCUGGUGUGGGGAAAUCUCUUUUACUCGAGGCAGCCGCCUUCAAACUAAAAUUAAAUCUCUUUGUUUUUAACCUGUAUUGCCUUGGUUCAACAACCUACGGAGGUGCCACAAAGAUUGAUCGCUGCAUUAAAACUGUAUUCGAGGUGGCUGCAAGUUAUGGUCCUAGUAUUUUGUGUUUUGAGGAUGUAGAUGUGCUGAGUAAAGAGGAAGAUAUUUUUAGAAUGGGGAAAGUUGAAUUAUUAAAAUAUCUUGAUAGUGAAAGUGAAGGAAAAAUGGUCAAAGACAAUGUGUUGGUAGUUGGAGCUACAACAAAGCCUUGGAAUUUGGACACAGAAAUAGUUCGGCUAUUUAAAAUUGUAAAUAUUGACCUGCCUACAUUACAAGACCGUAUCCUCAUGAUUAACAGAUAUAUUGAUGGCUCAAACUUGAGGCAUGACCUGAAUGAUGGGGAUAUAGUAAAUAUUGGACAUAGAACAGCAGGAUAUACAGGUGCUGAUCUUCUAGUUUUUCUAAGGCAAGUCUGUAUGCAAGAGCUACAACUGAUAACCAAAGCACAGUUCUUUAAAAAAGUAUUUAUUGAGGAACAAACUAAUAAUAAGAAGACCGAAAAUAAUGAACCAGAUGUUUCAACAUCUGAAGCCAAAUUGCUUCAACAUUGUUGUACCAACAACAAUCACCAUCAACAUAUGGAGUUGCCAAACACUCAUGAUAGUGAUUGUCAGGUAAUUGGUAAUGAAAAAUGUAACUCUUCAGUGUCUAUGAUAGAAAAGUAUGUACCCUGUGAGUCCCAUGACGAGGGGGCAGUGCAGACAACGUUCCUUGACCUGCCAGAUGACCAGCUGUGGCAGGAGUUUCAUUUGACCAAGAAAACAUUAGAUGAGACACUUUUUCUACCUUCCAUAACAGAAGAUUUAAAAAAACAGAUGGCGAUAUUUUAUGAGAAACUUCACUGCAGUUUUUAAGCUUUCGUGAUUUUGUAACUGCUUACAAAACAUACUUUAUUGGAUUAAUUACUUGAUUAAUUCAUUCGGAUCCAAGGUAUACCAUAAGACUGCUGAUAUUUGCCUAGUGUUUACUGCCAUUUUGAACAAGCCUCAGAUUACUUGCCAGUGAGACCUUGUAACAUUGUCAAUGUGUAGCAACUAUACCAACUUGGCAAUAUUAAAAACCUGGCAUCAAUUUCAAUUUUAGAAACAUUUCCUGUCAACAUUAGCUGCUGGAAAACAUUUCCAAACUGACAACAUUGCAAAUCUGGCAACAUUGGUAAAAUUGUCUCAAGUUGAAACACCAAAAACUUAAAUUGCAACCCAAUGUCUUUAGACCUUAGGGUUGCGUUUGAAUGUAAGUAGUAAAGUGCUCUAUCAGACCUGAAGGUAUUGGAGGCCAGAUGAAGUAGAGUGUAGAGUUUAUCUGUUACUUCAACCUUACCAUAUUAACAGAUUGUGUGGACAGUGCUACUGACUAUGCCAGAUACCCUUCUGGGUUGAGCCAUAGACUCAG